UGUCCUCGCAUUCCCUUUCUAACUGUUAACAUAUUUUCUGAAACUGGGGCUUUUCUUGCGGUGCAUGUUCCCUCGCAUUCCAUUUCUCGCCAUGGAUUCUUCUCUUCCCCUUCAUGUUGACGGUGCUGACAAAGGUUUUAAUUGCGAUGCUGACAAAGGGAAUUCUUCGAGUGCUUUCCCCAGCGAGGACUGGAAGCAGAAAUUAAACAUGCUUUUGAAUGAUCAGAGUAAGCAAGAGUUGGUCUCAAGGGAGAAAAAGGAUCGGCGUGAUUUUCAGCAAAUAGAGACUUUGGCGAGCAAAAUGGGGUUGUAUAGCCAUAUGUAUGCGAAGGUGGUUGUUGUCAGCAAAGCCCCUCUUCCAAACUACAGAUAUGAUUUGGACGAUAAACGCCGCCUUAGGGAGGUGAACCUACCUACUACUCUGUUAAGGCAAGUUGAUGGAUAUCUUCAAGAAUACCUAACCCAAAAGUCAAGAAGGAAGGAAAACUUUUCCGAUUUGUGGUGUGCAACACCAGCCGACAGCGGUGGUACAGAUGAAGGGCUUUUUGAGCCACCUAAGUCACUAUCAUGCAGCAGGGCUGUAGUGGAUAAAUUUCUUUGUCAGAGAAGUUCACAAAUGCGUGAUCAGCAAAGAACUUGGCAGGAAUCUCCAGAUGGAAGAAAGAUUCUGGAAUUUCGUAGCAGUCUACCUGCUUAUAAAGAGAAGGAAGCAAUAUUAUCAGCCAUAUCAAGGAAUCAGGUACUUAUCAUUUCGGGUGAAACAGGUUGUGGAAAGACAACACAAGUUCCACAAUUUAUCCUAGAAUCUGAGAUAGAACUAGUUCGUGGAGCUGUGUGUAAUAUCAUUUGCACACAACCAAGACGCAUUGCAGCAAUUUCUGUUUCUGAAAGAGUUGCCUUUGAAAGAGGAGAGAAAUUGGGUGAAACUGUUGGAUAUAAAGUUAGACUUGAAGGCAUGCAAGGGAGAGAUACCCAUCUUCUCUUCUGCACCACAGGCAUCUUAUUAAGAAGAUUACUAGAUGAUAAAAAAUUAAAAGGCAUAACUCAUAUUAUUGUUGAUGAAAUUCAUGAGCGGGGAAUUAAUGAAGAUUUUUUGCUUGUUGUCCUUAAAGAUCUUCUAGCUUUCAGGCCAGAACUGAAACUGAUUUUAAUGAGUGCUACCCUUGACGCUGAGCUCUUCUCUUCAUAUUUUAAUAAUGCUUCAACUAUGAAGAUUCCGGGUUUUACCUAUCCUGUCAGAACUCAAUUUUUGGAGGAUAUUUUGGAAAUCUCGGGCUACAGAUUGACUCCUGACAAUCAAAUUGAUGACUAUGGUCCAGAAAGGAUUUGGAAAAUGAACAAACAGUUGCCAGGAAAGAGGAAAAGCCAAUUAUCUUCUGCUUUGGAGGAUGUGUUAAGAGCUGCUGAUUUCAAUUAUUACAGUCCGCAAACAAGCGAGUCUUUGUCUUGUUGGAAUCCUGACUUUAUUGGUUUUAACCUCAUACAAUAUAUACUGUGCAAUAUAUGUGAGCAUGAAAGACCAGGUGCCAUUUUAGUUUUCAUGAUUGGAUGGGAUGAUAUAAAUGCUCUGAAGGAGAAGCUCCUAACACAUCCUGUCUUGAGUGAUCCAAACCGAGUUUUGUUGGUGAUGUGCCAUGGCUCAAUGGACAGUUUGGAGCAGAGGUUAAUCUUUCAAGAACCUGAAGAUGGAGUACGGAAAAUAGUGCUAGCAACAAAUAUUGCUGAAACGAGUAUCACAAUCAAUGAUAUUGUUUUUGUUAUCGACUGUGGGAAGGCAAAAGAAUCAUCAUAUGAUGCAUUGAAUAACACAUGUUGUUUGCUUCCUACUUGGAUUUCUAAGGUUUCAGUUCAACAAAGAAGAGGAAGAGCUGGUCGUGUUCAACCAGGAGAAUGUUAUCAUCUCUAUCCUAGAUGUGUAUAUGAUUCUUUCACAGAGCAUCAAUUACCUGAAAUUUUGAGAAUGCCGUUGCAAUCUCUCUGUCUGCAAAUCAAAAGUUUGAAACUAGGAAGUAUAUCUGAGUUUUUGUCUAGGGCUUUACAGUCUCCAGAGAUACUUGCGGUGCAAAAUGCAAUUGAAUAUUUGAAAACAAUUGGAGCUCUGGAUGAGAAUGAGAAUCUGACUAUUUUAGGGCGCCACCUGGUAGUGCUUCCUAUGGAACCCAAACUUGGCAAGAUGCUGAUAUUUGGUGUUAUAUUCAAUUGUCUGGAUCCUAUACUAACGAUUGUUGCAGGCCUUACUGUUAGAUGUCCUUUUCUAACACCUUCAGAUAAAAAAGAUCUUGCACAGGCAGCAAAGUCUCAGUUUUCCCAUGAUUACAGUGACCAUCUUGCCAUUGUGAGGGCCUAUGAUAGCUGGAAGGAUGCCGAAAUAGACAAUGCUGGACAUGAAUACUGCUGGAAGAAUUUUCUUUCUCCACAAUCCAUGAAAGUUAUUGAGGCUCUUCGAGUGGAAUUCUUAUCCCUGCUCAAAGAUAUUGGAUUAGUUGAUAGAAACAUGAGCAGUUGCAAUGCAUGGAGCUAUGAUAUGUAUCUCAUUCGAGCAGCUAUUUGCUAUGGCCUAUAUCCUGGAAUCUGCUCGGUUGUGCAUAAGGAUAAGUCAUUUUCUCUGAAAACAACGGAUGAUGGCAAAGUUCUCCUACAUUCGAAUUCAGUGAAUGCUCGCGAAUCUAGAAUUCCAUAUCCAUGGCUAGUUUUUAAUGAGAAGAUAAAAGUGAACUCUGUAUUUCUCCGUGACUCAACAGCUGUGCCUGAUUCUGUGGUACUUCUUUUUGGUGGGAGCAUCUCAAAAGGAGAUACUGAUGGUCACUUGAAAAUGUCGGGAGGAUAUUUGGAGUUUUUUGUGAAACCUGCUGUUGCUGAAAUGUACCAGAGUAUAAGGAAAGAUCUUGACAGACUCAUUCACAGUAAAUUACAGUUCCCGCAGAUGAGCAUACACUCAUUCCAUGAGCUCUUAUUUGCUAUACGGUUGCUGAUUUGUAAUGAGAAAUGUGAAGGCAAAUUUGUGUAUAGUUGCCAGCUCCUUAAACCAUCAAUGAUGACAUUGCAACAAGCAUUGGUUUCAAGAACAACCAGUGGACCCGGGGGUGAUAAUACUAAAGGCCAGCUUCAAACAUUGCUGACCCGAGCUGGAUAUGGUGCCCCCUUCUACACAACUACGCAAUUGAAGAAUAAUCAGUUUCGUGCUACAGUUGAGUUUAAUGGAGUGCAGAUUAUGGGCCAACCAUAUAGCAACAAGAAGAAUGCAGAAAAGGAUGCUGCGGCUGAGGCACUGCAGUGGCUUAUGGGUAUACAAACGGGGAAUGAGGAUAUCAAUCACAUGACAAUGUUGCUGAAGAAAAGGAAGACAGAUCAUAAUUGAACAAUGAAACAUGAAGAUGAACCUUGUAAAAUGAAAAUAUGGAUCAAACUGAAUACAAAUCCUAUCAACAAACAAACGCCACCGCAUCUUCAGCGAGCAACAUGCUGGGGUCCACAUGGUGAGCUACGUUGCAGGUCUUCUCCCCGUACUUACUUCCUCAACACACCAAUUGUCACGAACAGACAAUUGCAAUUUUGUUAUGCCACUUACCAACAUGGCCCCCAAUGCACCUGUAUAUGUAUGCACUUGUUAGGAUCCUUUACCUAUAUCACUGAGAAAAUUUACAGGUAUAUAAUAUAAUAUGUUAAAUUUGUAGGACUU